AUGGCUUCCAUAAAGGCACAUCAAUCAGGAAAUACCCUAGAGGAUAAAGUCGAUAAGAUCUUGGAGACCUUGCUUACAUUAGACAAAUGGGAGGAGAAACGAGGUAUUACUGAGAGAAGUAAAACAUUUAAGACUUUAUCAAGGACUCUCAGUGAUCCUUAUGCUUGGACUCAUGUUGCAUCUGAUGGCAAACUAGUUAUGAUGCUACAACAUCAUUUCCGACUCCUCAAACGGAAUCUUGGAAAGCUGGAGCAAUUUCAAACAGAUAUAGGAGCAGAGCUGGAUAAACAUCUUGUUACCCUUCAGUCACUGAUUAAAGAUUUGAAUUACUUUGGGUUUUCUUCUGAACUUGCGUUUUUGAUAAAGCUUGACUUAGAAGGCAUUGAGAGGAAGAUUUCUGGCUUGUUUUCCCAAUUUCCCUUAUUGUCAGAAAGCCAGGAUGAUGGAGACAAGGGCUAUUAUUACCUCCCUGGCAUACAUACAAACGUGGAAGGUCUCAUCAAAUGCGAGGCUUUUAGACGAGUGAAACAGAAAUUUAUGGAGCUUGAGAUUGAACAGAAGAUCUGUCUUUUGAGUUUCGCUGUGUUCCCAGAGAACAGAGAGGUUCAUAGAACAGUAUUGAUGUAUUGGUGGAUAGGAGAGGGGAUUCUACCCGUCGAAGGAGCUGAAGAAGCUGUAAGGGAAGUUCUUAAGGAAUUCACUGAGAAAAAUUUGGUCGAGCCCGUUGAAGAGAGGCGCAAAGUGGCUCCAAGCAGCUAUAAGAUGACACCUUUUGUGCAUUCUUCAGUUGUUCUGCUCUCAAAUCAGAUUGGAGUUUUUGAUAUUUACGGUGAAGGGUGUAGGCCAAGCAUGCAUAUGUCAGAUAAGGAAAAAAUAUUUAUUGUGGAAGAGUCGGCAAUCCAGCGAGAGGCAACUGCUAGGAAAAGGCCAUCAGAGGAUAUCGAAACAGUGUUCAAUGUUUCCGAGAGAAACCCUGAUUACGCAAUCAAGUGGUUCUCGAGAGAUCCACGCAGACUCAGAGGAUUCACGAUGAAUUCUUCACCAGAACCUUUGUUCAAGUCACUCAAUGUCUUUUAUUUGGGGAGAUGGGAAAGAAGUCAGAAACGUCAAAUCGAGGUACAUAAUCAUGAGCUUAUGGAAUGUUUAAGAUACGUAAGGGAAGUAAAAGUGCUAAGUCUUCAAGGGAUCUCGACCAUUAAAAGCCUAAACAGGUCGUUGUGUAAUUUACACCAGCUAAUCGUCUUAGACCUCAGGGAGUGCUAUGAGCUGACGGAACUUCCAGAUAAGAUUGAUUACCUCAAGAAUCUGGUCUACUUGGAUAUGACAGGUUGCUCUAGGUUGAAAUGGAUUCCCUCCAGGUUGUCUUUAUUGAACAACUUAGAGGUUCUCAAGGGAUUUGUUGUUACUGAUGCUUUCUCUGAGCGUGUUGCGUGCAAGCUGAUUUAUUUGAAGCCGAAACUAAGAAAGCUCAGCAUCGAAAUAAAGCAAGAUAAUUUCAGUGUGCGCCAGUUGAUGCUCGAUCUUGAGAAUCUCAACGCGUUGACAAGCUUGAAAGUGACAUGGUGUAGGGAUCCGGACUCCCCCCGUCGCAAGCCCACUGUUGGGGUCCGUGUCCCUGCCACCCCUGCUCAGGAUCCUGUCCCUAAUGGGGUUGGUGUUCAGUUAAAGAAGCUGAAUCUUCAGCGUUUCCCAGACGAAGAACUUGCCGAAUGGUUUUAUCCGGAGAAACUGAUUCACUUGAAGAAGCUCUGUAUUGGAGGAGGAAAAAAACUCAAGGGUUUCGGUAAGUACUUACCGGAGGAGCCUACAAAAUGUGCUGUUGAAGUCUUGCGUCUCACGUCACUCCCUAAGCUAAGAGUUGGAUGGAUAGAGCUGAAGCAACUCUACUUCCCAAAACUGACCUUUCUUGAGAAGUACGAGUGUCCAAGAGUUAGUCUCACUCCAUGCGAUGGAAAUGGAAUCUGGAGGUCUGACCAAGAUUGA